CUUAGAGGGCUUUAGUUUAUAUGUCAAAGGUACAUGUGUUGGCAUUCGAAAUUAUUCCACAAAACUUAUAGCAGCUUUCAGAGUUUCUGCAUUUUUAAGUUGAAAAUCAUUGAUAAAAAUGCCACGUCAGCGUUCGGGCAGCUCUAACGUCAAACCUGUUCGCAGGCAGAGCACCAGUAGCCAGAGUAAAUUGCCAACGGUGGUGCAACAAACACCGAAAGAAACAGUCAAGCCAACUCCAACCCCAGCACCUGCAGCGGGCCGUAGUACCGGCGAUGUGUUCAAGGAUAUGGCUGCCACUGCUACAGGAGUUGCAGUCGGAUCGGCUGUCGGCCAUGCCGUUGGCGCCGGCAUAACAGGGGCUUUCAGUGGGCGUGGUCAAGCUGCUCGAGCGGAGCCAGCUGCGGAACAGACACAAGCCCAGCGUCGAAGCGAAUUGGUUGAGGACGGUCCGUGCUCUUUUGAGAUUAGACAAUUUCUCAAGUGCAGCGAGGAAAAUAGCGAUCUGACUGUCUGCCAGAGCUUCAACGAAGCUAUGCAGCGAUGUCGGCAACGCUACAAUCUGUAGGAUCAGGCGCAAUCAAUGAAAACAAUGAGAAGAAACAGUAAAACAUGGUUUCUGUGACAACUGCUUAAAAAGUUCUGCAUUCACACAAAAUUUUUGGUUACUCUUUAAAAAUUAAAAUUU